UCAGCCGCGUGCGUCUGCGCGCACCGGGCUGCGACAGAAGGAGUGGCUGAGUGUCUGAGUAGGGGAGAGAGAGCGAGUGAGAGGGAGCGAGAGAGAGGCAAAGAGAAAGAGUUAUUGGAGGAAUUUUCACGCGCUCACACACACGCGCAUCCUUCCCACGGUCAAUGGAUCUGAGUGCGUGACGCUCUGAAACACCAGCACAGGACCAAACCAGGGAUUUUGGAGUGCCGCCGGUGUGUUCUGGGUCGAGCGCUGCAGUCAUGGGCACGAUUCUGUCGCUGUCGCCGAGCUCGCGGAAGGGGGGUGUAUGUGUUGAUGAAAAAUUGGACCUUGCGACCGGCGGUAAACCUGAGAAAAGCUUAAAGAAACGUCACUCCGUGCUGCUCCACGCGCUGACAUGGAAGCGGUUGGUCGCUACCUCCGCAAAAAAGAAAAGCGCAAAAAAGGUGAAUCCGAACCCCCCAACGAGCCAGGCCCGACCGGACCCGUUGGUAGAUCAGCUCAACACUGACAACCUUAAGAAAUCCAUAACAAAAGGGAUAAAUGACCAUAAACCUGGGCCAAAGCAAGGACCCAUCGCCGUCCCUGUGCCCACCGUUCCAGACCAAAACCGUCGUCAAACACAGAACGGUCGGCCUCUACUCUCUCCUCGGCGGGUGGUGGUACAGGCUUCCACAGGAGAGCUCCUCCGCUGCCUCUCAGACUUCAUGUGCCGCCGCUGCUUUAAACUCAAAGAGCUUUCCCCGAACGAGAUCAUCCUGUGGUUCAGAAACGUGGACCGAGCUCUGCUUGUCCAGGGCUGGCAGGACCAGGGCUUUAUCUCCCCAGCAAACCUGGUCUUUGUGUAUCUGCUGUGCCGGGAGGCCGUAGAGGAAGACACGGCUUCGGAAUAUGAGCUCCAGGCCACCUUUCUCACCUGCUUGUACCUGGCAUACUCCUACAUGGGUAACGAGAUUUCCUACCCCCUCAAGCCAUUCUUGGUGGAGUCCAGUCGCGAAGCGUUUUGGGAUCGAGCCCUGGGGCUUAUCGAUAAGAUGAGUGGGCCGAUGCUUCGCAUCAACGCCGACCCGCACUACUUCACCGAGGUGUUCCAAGAUCUGAAGAACGAGGGAGGAUCUAGGGAGAGGGAGAAGGAGAAGGAGAAGGAAAAGGAGGGUGAAGGGAGACGUAUUACAGACCUGGAUCGUUAGAAAGGAGCAAGAGUAAAUAAAUCAUUAAGCUUAUAUUGGGACAAAAGUUUACGGGCGCAGACACCAAUCCUGCUGGUUGAUAAAGCGGGACUGAAUGUAAACCCAGUUGGUAGACCGCGGUCAGAGGCGCGAGGUGUUUAUAUCACAGACCGGGCCCGGUGGAAAUAAGAGGCCUGCAGGCCUCUCACCGGUUGGACCCUUGCCUCGCCUCUUUAAAGACAUGUCAUUAUUUAUGUAAAUCCAAUCUUUGGGAAUCUGACACUGAAGACAGGGUCUGGGAGAAAGGGAUAGUAUAAUUUACUGCAUGCUGUAUAAAAAAGAGUAUUCUGAUUGUACCUUUUAUGUGGUUUUCGGGAAACUGUAGACUGUGUGUGGUCCAGGCGGUAGGCUAUGAGUUUCAGUGAUAGCUUAUGUGCGUUCAUGUUUUGGGGUAAUACAUUUCUAUAUGUCAUUCGGAGCUGGAUAUAGGAGAGGAGAACUCUCCAUGGUCCUGAAUCCGAUGUUUCUCCUCAGAACUUUGAAUGUAUGGUACUUUUACCAACAAAUGGACGGACUUAACCGUCAAUAUGUGCCAACUGUUGCUAUGAUAAAACGUUAUGUUUUAUAUGGUACUCUCAAAAAUUAUAAAUCGUAACAAAUGACUGUGUUUGCGUCCCGGCACUGUUUUGGGGAAUUAACAUUCUGACAUAUGCAGGGUAG